AAGCAAAUCCUUAGAUUGAGAGAGAGAGAGAGAGAGAGAGAGUAUUGUGUGGCUGGCAUGGCCGCCACCACCACCCAUUCAUGCCCAUUUCCUCCUUCCCCACACUAGUAAUCUCUCACCCAUCUUCAUCCCCCACUUUAACUUCGUCAUUUUCAUCAAGCCACCCCAUGGCAAACGAUGCCGUUUUCAGGGCCUCUCUAGUUUGGUUGGCUACAGUUAUAGUGGUAGUUGGAGUAUGCACACAGUCUUUCAAGAAGAUGAUGUUAACGUACGUGGUUGGUGUGCUGGGUAUUUCUGCGUUGCUCUUGCCCGAUUGGGGUUACUUUGACCGAGACUUUUCACGGUGGACGUCUCCGGUUUCAGCAGAGGAAAGAGCCUCUGAAGUUGCUCAAAGAUCUGGGUUAAUUAGAAGAUUUAGAAAAAAUCCUAUGAGAUUGGUUGCUUAUGCCACAGUUUAUGGGUUUGCUCUAUACAAGUGGUGGAUGUUCAUAUCAAGCUAAUAUCAAGCCAGAGAAGAUCAAUGGUGUUGGGGUACUUUCUAGUUUAUUGGUAUGUAAAUUAUGAAUGAUGACAGUUGCCAUUGCAAUAUUACUUUGGGUUCCAUAUAUGUAAGAUUUCCAAAUCCAAUUUACUUGGAAGAUAUGGCUUCAA